CCCUUAUACUGUAAAACGACCUUACUCUGUUUUGUGUUUGUGUCUAUAUCAAAAUUAAAUUCACUCUUCUUAUUACAACUAGAUUUCAUGUCGCGAUUAGUAGAUGGCGACUAUAGUGAAAUCAUACGAGCAGUUUUGGACAAACAUUCAUUCAGACAUCAUCAAUUUGAAGGAAGAUAAGUCACCAGAUUCAACUUUAAUUCCAGCGAAAGGAACAGAUACAGGUACAGGUACAGGUACAGGUACAGGUGGGACUCCUCAUGAUUCAAACCAUGAUCAACAUCAGCAGGAGAAGAAACCAACAUCGAAAUUUGUUGGGAAGAAAACUCAUCUGCAUUCAACAUCAGUACCUGAAAAGGAACACAGAACAGGUGAUAAGGUGGGAGAUGACCAACCACCAUCUUCAUCUGCCACCCAACCGCCAUUUCAACAACUUCCACCCGUUUUGAGGCCACAGCAGAAACAACAAUGGGAACAAAGGCAAUGGCCUCAGAAUUUCCCUCCCAUCUCUCAUCUACCUCAACAACAUCCCAGCCACCUCCACUACCACCACCAACAACAACAACCACCAAAUAUGUGGAUUGAACCAAGGUGGCCUGUUAGAACAAGUCAUGGUUUCCCAUCAUCUGGUUUCUCUCAGAAUUCCAGGCUAAAUGGCCAAAUGCCAGGAAACAGGUGGAGCGGUGUCUUUCUGACUUCACCAGCAGAUGGCAGCUCUGUCGGCUUUCAGAAUAAUGAUCCAAUGGGCAGUUGGUCCUUCUCUCCUGACAACCCCAGACAAGUGAUUUGGCUGGAGUAAUCUCCCUUCCAUCUCCACUGAUUAACAGAUGUCAGGAGAGCAAGAAUGGUAUGAAGUUUGACAAUGAUUCGCUCUUUGGAUAACCUUAACUUCUGAUGUUUGACUGGUUACCCCAGUGGAGAGAGGAACAUUUCCUUAGGACUACAGUAAGGGUGCCAGAAGUCAGCACCAAUAACAAGAACAACAACAAAAUAAUUGUCAGAAAAACAGCUACGACAGCAAUAAGAACAAUAACUGCAACAAUCACAACUACGUCAACUGAUACAAUACCAACAGCAAAAUGUAAUAACAAAGCAAACAGCAGAAACCUGUAGCUGUCACUGAAAAACAAUAGCAAUAAAUAAACGAUAAUGACAAAAGAAAAAGUAACAAUGAAAUUAAAAUAAU